CUCUCCCCCCUGUUUUAUUUUUCCAGUUAUAUAUGUAUUGCAACAGAACGAUAAAAGAGAGAGAUUCAAAGAGGGGGGGAGAUGAGAGAAAUAAUCAGUAUUCAUAUUGGUCAAGCUGGAAUUCAGGUGGGAAAUUCAUGCUGGGAGCUUUAUUGCCUUGAGCAUCAAAUUCACCCCGAUGGCUUGAUGCCCAGUGAUGCCUCAGUUGGCGUUGCAGAUGAUGCUUUUAACACCUUCUUCAGCGAGACUGGUUCGGGCAAGCAUGUGCCAAGGGCCGUAUUUGUUGAUCUGGAACCUACUGUUAUUGAUGAAGUAAGGUCUGGUCCUUACAGGCAACUCUUUCAUCCUGAGCAACUGAUUUCCGGAAAGGAAGAUGCUGCCAAUAACUUUGCAAGGGGACAUUACACUGCUGGAAAAGAAGUUAUUGACCUAUGCCUUGAUCGUGUGAGAAAAUUAGCAGACAAUUGCACUGGUUUGCAGGGGUUCCUAGUUUUCAAUGCUGUUGGUGGUGGCACUGGUUCUGGUCUGGGAUCAUUGAUCUUGGAACGAUUAUCUGUAGACUAUGGGAAGAAGUCAAAACUUGGCUUUACCAUUUAUCCUUCUCCUCAGAUUUCAACUGCAGUUGUUGAACCUUACAACAGUGUCCUUUCUACUCAUUCUCUUCUUGAGCACACUGAUGUGGUUGUGCUUUUGGACAAUGAAGCUAUAUAUGACAUCUGCAGAAGAUCAUUAGACUUAGAAAGGCCAACUUACACGAACUUGAAUCGCUUGAUAUCUCAAAUCAUCUCUUCCUUAACCACUUCCUUGAGAUUUGAUGGGGCAAUUAAUGUAGAUAUCACUGAGUUCCAAACUAACCUUGUGCCAUACCCUCGUAUCCAUUUUAUGCUCUCAUCUUAUGCCCCUGUAAUCUCGGCUGCAAAAGCCUACCAUGAGCAGCUAUCAGUUCCUGAGAUCACCAGCGCCGUCUUUGAGCCAUCAAGCAUGAUGGCUAAGUGUGAUCCAAGGCACGGAAAAUACAUGGCAUGCUGCCUCAUGUACCGCGGAGAUGUCGUGCCCAAAGAUGUGAACAGUGCUGUUGCCACUAUCAAGACAAAGCGGACCGUUCAGUUUGUUGACUGGUGUCCUACGGGGUUCAAGUGUGGUAUUAAUUACCAGCCUCCAACAGUGGUGCCUGAGGGUGAUCUUGCCAAAGUGCAGCGUGCGGUCUGUAUGAUAAGCAAUAACACAGCAGUGGCUGAGGUUUUUGCUCGUAUCGACCACAAAUUUGAUCUGAUGUAUGCUAAGCGAGCAUUUGUCCACUGGUACGUGGGUGAGGGAAUGGAAGAAGGUGAAUUCUCAGAAGCCCGUGAGGAUCUUGCUGCUCUUGAAAAGGACUACGAAGAAGUUGGGGCAGAAGGCUUGGAGGAUGAAGAAGAAGAUUACUGAAAUCAAAUCUCCUUCAGCAUUACCUGCCUACAUCUCUUCUUAUCCCUCUGUAUUGUAUCUCUAACACUGCACUGCCUGUUCUUGCCAAUCUUUCUGGUGUUGUGGCUUUGUUAUUGAUGAUGAUUCCCAAUUAGAGGUCGAUCCGAGAUUACUUAUCUCCAGGAUUCAUCUCAGUUUUCGAAUCAAUCCCUUGCUUCUUUUGCAAAUC